AUGGCCCGGGGGCCGGGGCGCGCCCCGCUGCUCGGCGGCCUCCUGCUCCUCGCCCUGCUGGCCGCCGGCGCCCCGCCCGGCCGGGACCCCCCGGAGCCCCGCAGCCGAGCCGGCGGGAUCCGAGUGCACCCGCGGGGCAGCCUCUGGGCCACCGGUCACUUCAUGGGCAAGAAGAGUCUGGAGCCUCCCAGCUCCGUCCCGCUGGGGGCCGCUCCCCACCGCUCCCUGAGGGGCCAGCAGCUGCAGCUGAGUCAUGAUCUGCUCAGGAUCCUCCUGCUAAAGCAGGCUCUGGGCGGGGGCCCGGCCGCCCAGCACCUCACCCCCAGAGGCAGCUGGCGCGGGCGCUGCGGAAGGGACGUCGCUGCCGGGGAAGGCGCGGUGAGGCGCUGA